CGCGACGCAGCAGCCACCACGUGAGCUCGAUGCUCGAUGAUCGCACUGGUUGCUGGCCUCUCGCACUCCCUGCUGGUGGGCGGCCCUCCUACGCGGACAGGCGGCGCGCGCUGCGCCAGCAGCCCGUGCAUGGCCGAGUCGCCUAGGAAGCUCCGUGUCGGCCUCGUCGGUGGCGGCACUGUCGGCGGCGGCAUCGUCACCAUCCUCGAGGGCGCGCGCGAGCUGCAGGCGUCGCUUGGGGUGGACGUGGAGAUCGCGACGAUCUGCGUGCGCGACAAGGCGAAGCCACGCGACUUCCCGCUCCCUGCCGGCUGCGCUGUCGUCGACGACGUGGAGGAGAUCCUCGGCGACGGCAGCAUCGAUCUCGUGUGCGAGGUGAUGGGAGGCACGACGCUGGCCAAGGAGGUGGUGAUGCGCUCGAUCGCGGACGGCAAGCACGUGGUGACGGCCAACAAGGCGCUCAUCGCGGCGGCGCUGCCCGAGCUUCAGGAGAAGCUCGCCGAGGCCAACGCAAAGCAGGUGCUCGGCUCCGAGGGCAAGUUCGGGUUUGAGGCGGCGGUGUGCGGCGGCAUCCCAAUCAUCCACGCGCUGCAGCGAGACUUUUUGGGCGACGAGGUGUCGCAGCUGUCUGGCAUCAUCAACGGCUGCACCAACUUCAUCCUCUCCAACAUGGCGCAGGGAGGCCUCUCCUACUCGGACGCGCUCAAGGAGGCGUCGGCGCUCGGAUACGCAGAGGCCGCGCCGCGCCGCCGCCGCCUCGCCACACGCCACCCCCCUCGCCACACCUCCCCUCCCCACGCCGCCUCGCCUCGCCUCCUCGCGGACCCGACGCUCGACGUCGGAGGCUUCGACGCGCGCUCGAAGCUCAAGAUCCUCAUCAAGCUCGCCUUCGGGACAGACGUCGGCGAGAGGGUGGGAGGGCGCGGAACCGUCAAGCUGCUCGGCGUCGCCAAGCGCGACGGAGGCGACCCCCGCGCCGCUCCUCCCCUCCCCUCGCUCACGCCUCCUCCUCUUGUCUUCAGGCGCGACGGAGACCGGCUCUCCGCCUUUGUCUCGCCCUGCUUCGUCCCGACCUCCAACACGCUCGCCUCCAUCAGCGGCGCGACCAACGCGGUGCAGAUCGGCUCCGCCAACCUCGGCAGCACCGUCCUGGUGGGGCAGGGCGCCGGCCGGCUGCCGACGGCCAACUCUUGCGUGUCAGACAUCCUCGACAUC